CGCUGCGGGCGCAGCCAUGUCGUUUUGUGCCUUCCUCGGGGGCGAGGUGUUCAAGAGCCACUUCGAGCCGGGCAUUUAUGUGUGCGCCAAGUGCGGCUACGAGCUCUUCUCCAGCCGCGCCAAGUACGAGCACUCGUCCCCGUGGCCGGCGUUCACCGAGACCAUCCACGAGGACAGCGUGGCCAAGCGCAAGGAGCGGCCCGGCGCUUACAAGGUGUCCUGCGGCCGGUGCGGCAACGGGCUGGGCCAUGAGUUUCUCAACGACGGCCCGAAGAGGGGGCAGUCCCGUUUCUGAAUAUUUAGCAGCUCGCUGAAGUUCGUCCCCAAAGGCAAAGCAGAGGACUCAAAGGAGAAGUAAGCGAGCUGCUCCACCCGGCACUCCGCUCCCGCUGAUCCCACGCUCACGCUUUGGGAUGGACCAUCGGGGCAGCAGGGCACUCGGAGCCAUAGAAAGCCUGGAGAAAAGAGGCUCGUGGUUGCCCCAGGCCAGUUCUGUCCUCAGGAGCGGUUCUGGGUGCUGGGGGCAGAGCUGUGGCAGGGCAGCCUUGGGGAGGGAGGGCAGCGUGUGGUUGCGGGAGCUCUGCCCUGGCCUGGGUGCUGGGUUGUGCGACGUCUGUCUGAGGUUGCUGUACAUGUGUUGGAGUGAUGCAAACGCUGCGGCUCCUCGUCCCACCCGCCCUUGCCCUCCUCUCGUCGGCCUGUUCUCGGAAACAUCCUGCGCUCUGCCAGCGCUGGCUCCUAGCAGCCCUUCUGCUCCGUCCCUUUGGCAGCAGCUCGUGCGGCCGCAGCCCCGGCGCUGCGGAGCUCUGCGCCCUUCUGCUCUCGAGCGCGGCAGGGCCAGGGCUCCCUCGGAGCCGCUGCCAGUUCUGCCUCAGCACCGGCUGCCAUCUGGCGUCGCUCCGCUGCUGCUUCCAGCGGGUAGCGCUGGAUAACAGGGAUCAGAGUCCGGGUUAAUCUCUGGGUGCUAUUCUGGGCUGGGAUCAUGGUAUGAAUUGUCCUAUGUAAACCCUUCCAGGAUGCUAGGGCAAAGAUGAUUUUAUGAUCCUGCUAGACCAAAUCCAGGUGUUUUGCCCUUCUGCCACAUCUUGCACACAGUAGAGACGGUUCUAGAUUUAUUCUCUGGGUUUGAUUCUGGCCUUGCCUCGCGCCCGGUCCGUUACUGUGUCCAAUCAACCCAGCGCGUUAACGGUUCCUCCUUGCUUGCACUGGCGCAAGGAAGACCAGAAUCAGGCUCAGCAAGUGCAACUUACGUAACUCAGGCUUUAGGAAUCACAUGUUUGAGUGUCCUUUGCACUGGGAAGGGCCACAACGUUGAUUUGUCCUUAAUUCACACUGUGAUCCUGCCCUGUAUUCGGUCAGACACACACAGAUGGGUGGUGAACCCCGAUCCUUUGGUCACCACGGGGCUUUUAUGGACCCAUGGCUCCAGAAUUACAGUGUGUGGUGGUUGGCCAAGCUGUGCCACAGUCCAGCUGCCCUCAGAGGGCAGCUUUUCAUGCAUUUCAUGGGCUUCUCAUGCGUUUUACCUCCUCGGAGACUGUGGGGACACUGGCACCCAGUGCAAUGCACCAGCUCAACGCC